UGUUCAAAAAUCAUAAUUAGGAUAGGAAAAUCAUAACCUCAACAUUUCUAGACAAAUUUAAAAAAAACACAUUUAUAAAAUAUUAAAAGAGACUGUUUAAAUUAUUCCCUUAAAUGAAAAUUACGUAUAACUGUAAAAACACAAGAAAAAAACUUUUUAGCGCGUAGAAUUGUUAAGAUAAUUUUUUACCCAAUGUCAAUCUGAUUAAUUAAGUGAAAAAUGCGUCAAUUAACACAAAUUUGUUUUCGUUGUUACAAAAAUUAUAUAUCUUUUGCCAAAAAAUAUUCAACUGAUUCUAAACAAGUAGCAAAAAUUUCGAAACUACGUAACAUAGGAAUAUUAGCUCACAUCGAUGCAGGGAAAACAACUACUACAGAACGAAUGUUAUAUUAUUCGGGUGUGAUAGGAACAAUGGGAGAAGUUCAUCAUGGAAAUACGGUAACUGAUUGGAUGGAUCAAGAACGUCGUCGUGGUAUUACAAUCACCUCGGCAGCAGUUAGUUUUCAAUGGAAUGAACAUCAAUUUAAUCUUAUUGAUACACCCGGUCAUAUUGAUUUUACAAUGGAAGUUGAGCAAACUUUGAAUGUAUUAGAUGGUGGAGUUGUUGUUUUAGAUGCAUCCGCAGGUGUUGAAGCUCAAACAUUAACUGUAUGGAGACAAGCUGAUCGUUACAAAAUACCUCGAAUAAUACUAGUAAAUAAAAUGGAUCGACAAGAUGCUGAUUUAACAAUGUGCUGUAAAUCGAUUAAACAAAAAUUAGAUAUACCACCAUUAUGUUUACAAUUACCAAUUAAAGAGGAUGAUGGGAAAUUAACAGGCAUUAUUGACAUAUUAUCAUUGGAAAAGUUAAUAUGGAAUCAAUCAAAUCGUGGUAAAACAUAUACACGGACACGUUUAAAUAAAAGUGAUGAUUCGAAACUGUAUGAAGAUAUUUAUUUAAAACGAAUGGAACUUGUUGAUGCGUUAACUGAACAUGAUGAUGCAUUGGCUGAUGCUGUUAUACAAUCUGGUAGUUUAGAAAAAGUAUCUACAACAUUGUUAACACAAUCCAUACAUAAUGCUACUUUAAAUCAGAAAAUAGUACCUGUAUUAUGUGGUAGCUCAUAUAAGAAUAUUGGAGUUCAACCAUUAAUGGAUGCAGUCAUAUUAUAUUUACCAUCACCAAUUGAACGUAAUAAACAGUUUAAAUGUUUUAAUAAUAAUUUAUGUGCAAAAGCAUUUAAAAUCAUACACCAUGAACAACGUGGACCACUUGUAUUCUUUCGUUUAUAUUCUGGACAAUUAACAAAAGGUCAAAAAAUUUAUAAUAUACAACAAGAACGUAGUGAACAAAUUGGAAAACUAUUGAUGGCAUACGCUGAUGAAUUUAAAGAAGUUAAUGAAAUCGAUAGUGGGAAUAUUGCUGUUGUAACUGGACUAAAGCAAACUGUAACUGGUGAUUUAAUAACAUCGUCCAACUCGGCUGCAAAUAAUGCAAAAAAAUCAUUAGAAAAAUAUCUUAAAAAAUCUGAGAAAGAAGAAAAUAAUCUAAUUGAAGAUUUAUUUGGUGUUGGACGAAGAGUACCUGAACCAGUGUUUUUUUGUUCAAUUGAACCACCUAGUCUCGCUUAUGCCAGUGCAUUAGAACAGGCAUUGCUAGAAUUAAGUCGUGAAGAUCCUAGUUUAAGAGUAAUUAAUAAUACUGAAACUGGCCAAACUAUUCUUGCAGGAAUGGGUGAAUUGCAUAUCGAAAUAAUUAAAGAAAGAAUUAAGACUGAAUAUAAAAUUGAUGUAGAUUUAGGACCUUUACAAAUAGCAUACAAAGAAACACCUCAACAAACAGUCAAAGAUACAUAUACUGUUGAACAUAAAAUUGGUAAAACAAAGCAUCGUGUUGUAGUCACAUUUUCGGUUGUACCAAAAACCUCUACAGAUCUUAAUACUGAAACAGAACGUUUAAUAUUAGAUAAAAGUCAAGAGAGUGCUUCAAAUCUUUCAAAUAUCUUUCCAAAACAUUUAUUAGCAGUUAAAAUGGGUGUAGAUUCAGCAUUAGCACAUGGCCCAAAAUUAGGCUGCCCAGUUGUUGGUGCAAAUAUUAUUUUACAUUGGUUGGAAAUUGGUCGAGGGACCUCCGAAACAAUUAUUUCAGCAGCUGUAACACAAUGCCUGCAAAAACUAUUAAUGAAAUCACAAAUUAGAAUAUUAGAACCGAUCAUGUUUUUAGAAGUGGUUUGUACCUCAGAUUAUGUUUCAACAAUUAUAGCAGAUUUAUCUCGUCGACGUGCCACAAUUCAACAAGUAACUACCCGUGGAAAUAAUAGGGUAAUUCAUUCAUAUACUCCAUUAUCAGAUCUAUUAGGUUAUGCCAAAGAUUUACGUACAAUUACGUCGGGAAGUGCAACAUAUAGUAUGCAAUUCCAUGAAAAUCAACCUAUGAAUUCAGCAGAUGAAGCACAAGCUAUUCGUAGCAUUACAGGCAUUUAAAAUAUUUAUAUAUUAUGUUUAUUGCUAUCAAACAAGUACAUUUACUUUAAAAUAGUUUUAUUUUGAAAAAAAAACCUUCCAAAGAGCGUAAGAAUUAAUCAAUGAAAAAUUACUACCACUAAGUAACAGCUACUUAAUUAUUGUAAAAUAUUUUUUAAGCUAAAAAUAAUUUUGUAACUUCUUUUGAAUGCGCAAAAAAUCAGUGGCUGUCAAAUUGGCUUACUUUUCAAAGUUUUUCUUUCAAUUAAAACUUUUUACUAAAUUUAAACUAUCGUAUUCGCGACUGUAAGUUACCAUAGAUGGUAUGGUACUGUAAUAAUGGUUUAAGAGGGUGUAACGUCUAUCUACAUGGUAUAAACAAACAAAAAAUCAUAAAACAUAAUGAGGUAUAGUUCGCAAUAUACCUUAAUAAAAAAUUCGAAUAUGAUUCGAAUUAUUAGUAAGUUUUUUAAGAUUUUUAGUCUCAAUUAAUUAUUUGACUUUUAUGUAUUUAUUUACCAUAUCUGUGCAUUUAAGUAGCAUUUAUUGUAGAUAACGCUUUAUUACGUUUGCAUCCGAUAUUCGAUAAGACAACACACGACCCCCUUUUAUUUGUGGAAAAGCCUUAAC